GGCUCUUGUCCUAGGGCCACUUAUAGCCACCGGGCUCCCACCGCCAUCUUCCAGGCCUUGAGGCGGGGUCCCUCCCCCGCUCCCGCCCUGCGGCGCCUGCCCUUUUUUCCGCACGUGAGCGCCCCAGUCAGCUGCCAUGGCCAUAGGCUCAGCGUGUCAGGGCUGGACGGGAGCUCAGGAGGGAUCUAGUCCAACCCCCUGCUCAGAGCAGGACCAAUCCCCAGCUGGGCCCCAGCCCGGUCCAGGUCUGACGCUUUUCGGUGCCAAGGGCCUGGCGAUCUGGGGCCGGAAAGCGUUACAUGAGAAGUAGAUAGCGUAGCAAGCUCUACGAAACAGUUCUGCAAAACGUGCAUGGUUUCUGAUAACAGGACAAAAAUUUGCAAUUAUUUGAAUUGAAGCCAGCUCCACAAAACUGUCUUCACAAUACACAAAGAAUACAAACCAUGAAGGUCUUCUGUGGAAGGGCCAAUCCAACCACAGGUUCUGUGGAAUGGUUAGAGGAAGAUGAGAACUAUGACUACCAUCAGGAGAUUGCAAGAUCAUGCUAUGCAGACAUGCUGCAUGACAAAGACAGAAAUGUGAAGUAUUACCAGGGCAUCCGUGCUGCAGUGAGCAGGGUGAAAGAAAGGGGUGAGAAAGCAAUUGUUCUAGACAUUGGAACUGGCACAGGACUCCUGUCCAUGAUGGCAGUUACAGCAGGUGCGGACUUCUGCUAUGCAAUUGAGGUCUUCACACCUAUGGCUAUUGCUGCCGAGAAAAUAGUGGAGAAAAAUGGCUUUAGUGACAAGAUCAAGGUAAUCAACAAGCACUCCACUGAAGUCACAGUUGGGCCAGAUGGAGACAUGCAGUGUCGUGCAAACAUCCUGAUAACAGAACUAUUUGAUACAGAGCUGAUAGGAGAAGGGGCAUUGCCAUCCUAUGAACAUGCCCACAAAUAUCUUGUACAGGAAGGAUGUGAGGCAGUGCCGCACAGGGCAAGAGUAUAUGCCCAGUUAGUGGAAUCCAAAAGAAUGUGGUCCUGGAACAAGCUAUUUCCUGUUCACGUCCAAGCAGAAGAUGAUGAGAAAAUUAUUGUCUUCCCUUCAGAAAUAGAGAACUGUCCUGGUGUUCCUUCUGUCUAUGAUAUCCAGCUAAACCAGGUGCCUCGGAGUGACUUCACUAUCCUCAGCGAUGUCGUGACUAUGUUCAGUGUGGAUUUCAGUAAGCAAGUAAACAGCUCCUCAACCUAUUACACAGUGAAUUUGGAGCCCAUAAAAUCUGGCAUGGCACAAGUGAUCCUCUCCUGGUGGGAUGUUGAUAUGGACCCCUCUGGGAUGAUAAAAUGUACUAUGGCACCAUACUGGGUACAACCCGCCUCUAAUGAUGUCCAGUGGAGAGAUCAUUGGAUGCAGUGUGUAUAUUUUCUUCCAAAUGAGGAGCCAGUUCUUCAGGGUGAGAAUGUGUACCUGACUGCAUACCGUGAUGAAUAUUCCGUGUGGUAUAAGCUCCAGAAGGCCAGAAAUGAAGAGGACAAAAAAGAUGCCUAUGUUGGGAGUCCUCUUUGUAGCUGUCAGGCUCAUCUGCUUUGGAACAGGCCACGCUUUGGAGAGCUAAAUGAUCAGAAUCGAACAAACCAGUACAUCCAGGCUCUGAUGACAGUGCUGGAAAAAGACAGUAUUUGCCUCUGCAUCAGUGAUGGCAGCCUGCUUCCUCUGCUGGCUCAGUAUCUUGGAGCAGAGCAGGUGUUUACAGUAGAGAACUCUGCAGUAUCCCAUUGUCUCAUGGAGAAAAUAUUUAAAGCCAACCAUGUAGGAGAUAAAAUUAAAAUAAUAGAGAAACGUCCUGAAUUACUGACUGCUUCUGAUUUGGAAGAUAAAAAGGUCUCAGUCCUCAUUGGAGAACCGUUUUUCACUACAAGCCUGUUACCAUGGCACAACCUAUAUUUUCUGUAUGCUAGGACAGCUGUGGCAGCCCACCUCACAGAUGGUGUCACUGUCCUGCCACAGUCUGCUUCCCUUUACAUGAUGGUCGUGGAGUUCAAGGACUUGUGGCGAAUUCGAAGCCCAUGUGGUACCUGUGAAGGGUUUGAUGUUCACAUUAUGGAUGACAUGAUUAAGAAUUCUCUGAAUUUUAGGGAGUCCAAGGAGGCAGAGCCUCACCCAUUGUGGGAAUACCCUUGCAAAUCACUGUCUGACCCCCAAGAGGUUAUGACAUUUGACUUCAGACUGACUGUACCACAACAAACUCUGAGCACAGAUGGCUCUGUAAAUCUGUUAAGGACUGGGAAGAGCCAUGGAGCAGUUCUGUGGAUGGAAUAUCAUCUGACUGCUGAUAUCUCAGUGAGCACAGGACUUGUGCAGAUUUCAGAUGAAAAGGGCAAUUGCAAAUGGAAUCCCCAGUGCAAGCAAGCUGUCUAUUUCUUCAGUUCUGCUCUUGAACCAGAAACUCCGACAGACCUCCCUAGUGCUAUCACGUACGCUAUAAAUUUUAACCCAAAGACAGGCGAGAUUGCCAUGAGUUUUAAACCAUUAUCAUGA